CAGAAAUCGAGUGGCCGUAUAGCAGUGAAGUUUCCCGCCGUCCUUAAUUUACGCUUCAGUCUCACGCGGAUACCAGAGCUAAGCAGAUAGCUGUCUGGAAAAGCUUGGUGCUCGAGUACUGUCGCAUCACGAAGAAGGCGAUCGUGAACGUGCACGAGUGCACACGAAUCCUCUAUUUAAUAACGCCAGCAAAAACAGUGCAACCUGUGAAAUCACAACAUUCUAAACAUUACAUAUCUUUUGCACUGAAGGAGACUUCGAUAUAACGAGACCAUGUGGGCAAGACUCGCAGAAGCCAUGGGAUUAGAAUACAAGGAGGAAAAAAUUCCUAACGCAUAUAACAUGUGGUUCUAUGCGACCAUGUGUCACGUAUGCAAAGGAUUCGGGGACGGUGUCCUUUUAAAGAAGUGCGGUGGCUGCAGAAUGAUCUCCUAUUGUGGUCAGGAACAUCAGAAGGAGCACUGGAAGCUUCAUAAACCUUUGUGCAAAGCUAUUCAGGACGUGUUGCGAGACUACAGUAUGGAUAAUCCCAUUAUAACUGUAUCAUCUUCGGGUGAAACUCUGGAGAACGAAAGAAAGAAGAGUUACUUUAUGUUGUUAAUAUCGAACAAGCUGGGACGUCCAUUGAAGUUCGAAGAGGGGCAAAUGUUCUGUUUUCCAAGAGAAUGUCUGAUUUGCCACGAACGGAACGCUCAGUCGUUGAAGGAUUGUCGCAAGUGUGUUGCCAGCUUUUGUAAAAAUCACGUAAACGGCACCGAACAUAAGGACAUCUGUGCUCCCCUAGAACUACGUUUUCGUUCAGAUUUAUCAGCUAUAAGAGGAGAAACCGGUCCUCCAGAUAUGCGUUGUUACUUGCGACACGUUACCGACAAGGGUAAAUUUCAGAACAUGAAAGACUUUAUAAAUGCUUAUUGGAAUAUUUCGUCUGACUCGGAGAUAUCGCGCAAUAUCUUGAUAGGCCAACACUCGCUACAUCUGACACGUCCCUUGACGUUAUUUCAUGCUAUGCGAUUAUUGAACUAUGUCCCAAAAAGCAAAGCUAUAGUCAUUCAUGUCGUAGGUGCGUGUUACUCGGAAGAAUUCUGCUUGAUGGGGUGGGAAGUUUUGCCGCGUUUAAUAGGGACCGCGAUGCCAGUGACGAUUAUAAUGAUCGGGCCGGAAUUACAGCUUCAAAUCAAUCCGGAAUACGUUUGCAAUAACCGUAUGUUGCCGGAGAACAAACAUUUGACAUUUGAUUUUUACGAUAUGUUAUACGAGAACUAUGUACGCAGCCCGACAUUCGUAAAACCGAACUUGGUUGUUGGAUUUGAUCUGGGUAUUCAGGAGCAUGAACUUGGGUCCAGUAAGGAAACGUGGGCGCCGUCCAUCAAGCUGAUAGCGAAACAAAACUGUCCGUUUAUCUUAACUUGUCGUUUCAGAUUAGAGAACUUUAAGAAGGAGUUAGACAGAAUAAACACUAUCCUAGGUAGAAAG